CCCUCUGUUCCUAAAUAAUCCAUGUUUUGGAAAAGAAUAUUUGUUUUAAAAAGAUGCAUAUUCUAUGUUUUCUAUGAAAAAAUUGCAAACUUUAAGAAAAUUAAUUGGUUUUAUUAGAUUACUAUUGGUUAAAAGUUGUUGAAAAUUGAAAAUUACAGAAAAUGAUAAAUUUAUUAUAGCGAUUUAAUGCGUUUUAUUAAUAUAUGUGAAAACUCUAAAAAGUCUAUAUUUUAGGAACGGAGGGAGUAUGUUAUACUAAUAUUGUAGGAUUAAAUCAGUCUAAAACACGUUUUUUCCUUACAUCAAUCAAAAACGCGUAAAUAGUUAAUAUUCAAAAUGUAGAAUGAAAUUAAUAUUACCCAAUUAAAUCAUUUUCAAAAAUUCAUAAUAAAUCAGUCUAAACGUUGCAAGCUGUCCUCGAUGGUAGAAAAUCAUUUUCAAAAAAGACAAAAAUCUGCAUUCUAAAAAAGUGCAACGAACUAAGUUUAAGCAUUUAUAGCGACGAAUUGACAACAUUCAACCAAUUAUAUAUACUCAACAUCCAUUCAUAAUUUCUUUCACAUCAUCUUCAAUCCUCUUUUUACCAAAAGAACUCAACACUUUAAGAUGGAGAACCAAUGGACUUCUGGUCUUUGUAGCUGCAUGGAAGACGGCAAAAUUGUUUGCCUUACAUGUUUCUGUCCGUGCGUCGCUUUUGGGCGGAUCGCUAAUAUUGCUGACGAAGGAAAUCACGGUUGUGGGGAAUGUGGGAUAUUUUACGGGCUGAUAUGUUGUGUGGUCGGGCUGCCAUGCUUGUUCUCAUGCACUUACCGGACCAAGAUCCGACGCAAAUUCGGGUUACCGGAGUCUCCAGCUUCGGAUUGCAUCACUCACUGCUUUUGUGAAAGUUGUGCUCUUUGUCAAGAAUACCGUGAACUCAAGAACCGUGGUCUUGACCCUUCUAUUGGAUGGAAUGAGCAUAUGCAACGGGCAACAUCUCCUCCUAUGGGUCAAUACAUGAAGAGUUGAUUCUAAAGUUUCAAGUUUCGCGAUAUGCUUUUUUUUAGUGAAUGAAUGAUUUAAAUUCAAUAAGUGGAUUCAGAAAUACAGCACCUUUAGGUGUGUUUUAAAGUAUUCAAUUUAAAUGAUUUCAGUUUUCUUAAUUUUGUUUUUGGUAUAAUGAAUAAAUAGAUAAAUUAUGAUGGUGUAA